CCCUGAUUCCCCGGUGCCCCCCCUGCAGGGCCCAGGGGUUGGUCCCCGGCCCGGGCGAGUGGGAGACACCGUCGGGGAAGCGGACCCGCGGGCUUCCCUGCGCGCCUGCCUGCCCUUCCUCCGAGUUUGGCUUGAGGGGCCUCCUGGUUCCGAGGGCUGGGGCCGUCGGGCCGGGAGCUGCAGGUGACCCUGGGCGGUGCUGCCCCCGCGGAAGCCCUUCAGGGGCCGCCUGUGGGGAACCUCAGGUCUGGGGCCCUGUGCGAGCCGUCCAGCGUGGUGGCCGCCAGCCACGGCGUGACACAGGCCGGGACCGCUGCGUCGUGGUAGAAAGUUCCCUGGGCCGGGCUGCUGGGCGAGAUGGGCCCGCUGCCGUCCCAGCCCCGCCGGGCUCGCUGCCUGCCCUGCCCUUAGCUCCUGGGGGGCCUCCUCCGGGCUUUCGGCUCACUCUCCCCAGCUCCGCUCCCACCAGUGUCCUGUCUCGGGCGCGGUCUCCUUCCCUUUUCGGCAUUUCAUGUUCUGUCACUGCCACUCGUUGGCUUGUGUACUUUCUGUAGUCUCUGCGAGGCAGGGAUUGGGGUGGUUCCUCACUGCACCCCCAGUGUGGGCACAGUCUCAGGGUCAAAGAUGCAGGUGAAGUUUGUCAGCAUUGGAGGGUUUCACCUGUUGAAACGGGGAUUUCACGUGGUUCAACCUCAUCCGUUGUAGGAAUCUAGCACAGGAAAGGUCUGUCCUGUCCGUGUCGGUUCAGGAGCCACGUUGUGACUGCAAAUGGCUGUGGGAGACUGGCAAUCUCAGAAGGCUUUCUAGAGGAGGGAGUGUGUUAGCUGGGUCACCUCCACAUUCCUCUCCUCCUCUGUUGGCCUGGCCCCCCUGACUGUCUAGGCAACCUUCUCUGGGCGCUCUAGAGGACUUGAGGUGGGUGCUGAGGCACAGGCACCCCCUUCCUUCUGCGUGAAGGUUGGCAUCUGAUUCCUGCCCACUGCUCCAGCUGCAUCUUCCACAGCUUGCUUCCUGUGCCCCAACACUGCAGAAGUCCUUGUUUCCUGCACAUCCCAUGUCUUUGUCACCAGUACCAGAGGGUUGAUGCCAGGCUUUCUACUUGGGAUGCUCUUGUACUCCCGACGUCCCUUUGGCAGCCUUCCUGUUCCCCGCCUCCCCUGGGUGGGGCUCACCCGCAAUUACGCCCAUGGCCGGCAGCACCUGGUGCUCACCUUGCCUUUCUGUGUCUCGCUGAGAUGACCUGUGUCUGUGUUUGCCUCCCACACACGGCUGAGAGGCCCAGAGUGUGGGGACCCCCAUCUUGGUCACCUUUGGAUCUUGAGUGCCCAGCCUGGCAUGUAGAGCUCGCUAGACCCCCAGCCGAUUGUGUGAGUGAGCAGACUGGACACGCAUGCCGGCGGAGAGGCCAUGCUCUGUGGGAAGGUGGCGGCCCUGCCCUCCGUGAGAAGAUGUCCUAUGGGUCCAUCGCUGGCAGUGGCGGCCUGGGGAGCCACGGCCCUUUUGGGGGACCCUCCAGACAAGGCUAUCAGCCCCUAGGGCCAGGGGUUGCCACCGACGGCAGCGGGACGCCGGAGCCCACCUCGCCCACCUCGUCCCCCUCCGCCGGCCCAAGGAAGGACUCGGCUGCCGGGGCCCAUGGCAGGAUGGCGGGACCCAGCGCCACUCGGGCCAAGAAGAGGAAGCCCAACUUCUGCCCGCAGGAGACGGAGGUGCUGGUGUCCAAGGUCAGCAAGCACCACCAGCUGCUCUUCGGCACGGGGCUGCUGAAGGCCGAGCCGACCCGCAGGUACCGCGUGUGGAGCCGCAUCCUUCAGGCCGUGAACGCGCUGGGCUACUGCCGCCGCGACGUCGUGGACCUCAAGCACAAGUGGCGGGAUCUGCGCGCCGUCGUGCGGCGCAAGCUGGGUGACCUUCGCAGGGCGGCCCAUGGCCCCGGCUCUGGCAAGCCCCAGGCCCUGGCACUCACGCCCGUGGAGCAGGUGGUGGCCAGAACCUUCUCCUGCCAGGCCCUGUCCUGUGGGGGCUUCAGCCUGGAGCCCCCCAGAGCCACCCAGGUGGAUCCGGGUGACCUCCAGGAGCUGUUCCAGGAGACGUCAGCCAAUGUCUUCCGAAUCAACUCCACCGUGACCUCAUUGGAGCAGAGUCUCCGUUCCCUGGGGACGCCGAGUGACACGCAGGAGCUACGGGAUAGCCUGCACUCGGCGCAGCAGGAGACCAACAGCACAGUGGCCGCCAGCACCAGCGCCGUGAAGCAGAUGACGGAGCUCCUGCGGGGCUGCUCCCGGCAGGAGCGUCUUCAGCUGGACCGCCUGAGAACUCAGCUCUCAGAUGCUAUUCAGCGCUAUGGAGUGGUGCAAAAGAAAAUUGCAGAGAAGUCCAGAGCACUGCUUCCCACAGCGCAGAGGGGUGGCAAACAGCAGAGUCCCCGGGCCCCUUUUGCCGAGCUGGCUGACGAUGAGAAGAUCUUUAACGGGGGUGACAGCGUGUGGCAGGGCCAGGAGCAGGCCCUGCUUCCUGAGAUCACUGAGGAGGACCUGGAGGCCAUCCGGCUGCGUGAGGAGGCCAUCCUGCAGAUCGAGAGUGACUUGUUGGAUGUGAACCAGAUCAUCAAGGACUUGGCCACUGUGGUGUCAGAGCAAGGAGAUGCUGUCGGGUCCAGCAGCAGCAAGGCCACAUGCCGGCAGAGCUCCAGCCCCAAGCUGGCCAUGGCGGCCCUGCUGCCCGGGCCAGGCUCCGUGCCCUUGCGACUGGGCCCCCACUCCCGCACCAAGACACGCAAGCCAAACUUCAGCCCCCAGGAGACGGAGGUGCUGGUACAGAGGGUGACGCGCCACUACCCGCUGCUGUUUGGGGCGCUGCGGGGCACGCCUGCCCGGAAGCACCGCGUGUGGAACAAGAUCCUGCAGGCCGUGAACGCGCUGGGCUACUGCCGGAGGGACCUAGGCGAUCUCAAGCACAAGUGGCGGGACCUGCGCGGAGUGGUGCGCAAGAAACUGGCAGAGUGCCCGCGGGCCCCUGCUGAGGGCAGCCCAGCCCCUGGCCUCAUCCUCACGCCCGUCGAGCGCAUGGUGGCCGAGACCUUCUCAGCCCCAGCCCCCCCAGGCGAGAGCCAGGCCACUGAGCCCCUGCCAAACACCUGCCCCAGGGACCAUGCCGGCUCCCUCCUGCCUCCACCUCCUUCUGCGCCUGCUCCUGCUGCUCCUCCUCCUCGAGACGCCGCUGCACAUCUCCGCUCUCUGCGCAUCGUCUCCACCCCUCCUCGAAGCCGAGCCCCGCGGGACCCUUCCUUCUUUGGGAGCUGCUUGAAGAACUUUGAGGACACAGCUGGGAGCAGGACCAGCUCCCUCUGAGGGCCACCAAGUGGACCGCAAGACUCAAUUUCCUGGGCACAAGCAGGGGCCACAAACACCCACACAGAUGGCCGCAGCAGGACUUCCAGUGGGCGGGGCAGCACAGGGCGAGCCCGCACCGCGCCGAUGGGCAGAUGUGUGGGCCCCGGAUGCGCCGUCUGGGCUGGCCUCGCCAGGGGGGGCGAUGGCUGGGGCGGGGCCACCUCUGAGGCUUGGCGGAGGCCAGCCCGCUUUCCUACAGCCAGAGCCACGCCAGGUUGUGGGUACUGCAGGGCAGAGUGUGCACACUGUGGGUGCCAAGAAGGGGCUGGCGGUGGUGGCACUGGUAUGGCCCUUGGUGCUCAGACCCGUCCCACAAGUCCCCAGCCUGGGAGUGUGGCAGGAACUUGAUGUCUGUGUUUGUCCUAGCUAUUGCCUGUGCUGGCUCAGCAAACCCCCUGUGGUGAGGCCCAGACAGCCCAGAUGUCCCUGCCCACCCUGGCCCCAUGGCCCUGGGCUCUCCUCUGACAGGGCAGCUGGCUGACUGGUUCCUUAGUGCUGUGCGUUCCUCCUGGGAGUGGCCUGGCACAGUGCUGACAGUCACUGACGUUUGUUGAAUGACUGAGUGAGAGUGGAAUGGGGGCAGGACUUCCCCUGGUGGCACUGAGAUAAGGGGCAGGAAAGUGGCUGCAAAGCCUGAUUUGCCAGGGGUAGAGACCACCCCUGGAGGCCCAGGCCCGCCAGCUCCUCCCUCUGGGUCAGCACUGGCCUGUGGCUUGAGCAGAGUAAGGGCUGCAGGGGCAUAGCAUGGCUGCUGAGGGUGGGGACAGCCAGUGGACAGAGUGCAGGGCUUCUGCCGGGGCCAUCUCCCCUGAGGCCCCAUGGUGGCUGUGCCUUGGGUACGUCCACCUGCUUCCUACACGUUGGGGGGAGCGGUGCUGAAGGGGCUCUUUGGCCCCUGGAGGCCCGGCCCCGAGUCUAGGUGCCCGUAGACCCCCGGAGUAGAGGCCGUUUAGGGCAGCUCUCUCUGAGCGCCUCCUGUGCCGAGACUAAAGUUAGCUGGGGGCCUGUGGCCCUGCAGAGCUGCCCCCGGCCGGCCUGGGAUCUUCGAGACGAGGCGAAGGCUGGCUGGCCAUGAGCUGUGGGUGCUGCAGGUCACUGGUGGGGGCUGCGGGAGGAGGAGCCAGCGGGGAGCUGGGGUCUCUUGUGCGAUGGAGCUCCCAGGGUAGAGCUGAGUCUGACCUGGGAAGUGCUGUGCAGGCUAGGAGCGCCCAUGGUGCAGCCCUGGGCCUGUAGCCUGUGCCCGGAGCCCUGGGCCUCCAAGACAUUAUUCUCUGGUCCGUGGGGGCCUCGGCUGUGGCCUCACUCGCGCCGCUGGGUGGUGUGUUACUGGCAGAGUCAGGCUCACAGUGUCCCCAGGGCCCAGGCUUGGUGCAUACCAGGAUCAGGCUUUGUCCAAGUCUGAGGGCAGGUCCCGGUGCAGCCCAGCCUGUGUGUGGUUGCAGUACAAAGACCCAACUGGGAGUGUGGCCCCCAGCGCUGGCCCAGACACUGCUGCCUUCUGUUCCCAGUGGCAGCUCUUCUCGCUCUCUGCUUCCACCUCUUCCCGUGACGGGAGCGAGACCAGGCUUCUGCUGCCGGGUCUGGGGGUGCACGGUGGCUCGUUGGCACGUGAGUGGGCAGGGGCAGAGGCAGGGCCCUGGGUGGACGCCUCCUGCCUGCAGGGCUGGUCCUGCCACAGUGGUGGCCAUGGACGGAGUAACCAAACUUCUGAUUCUGCCUUCCCUACGCUCUCUUCUGGGCUGGCUGCAGAGGGCAGUGCCCCUCGAUGGGGCAGGACCAUGGAGAGUUCUGUUCUUCUAGGGGGCCAGCGCUGCCCAUGUGAGAGAAGUGGGGGUGCCCUGGCCCUCCCCACCGCACCCAAGCUGGGGCUGGAGGGGCCCCAGGUGGACUGCCCCUUGGAGCACACCCACUGGGCCGAGGAGGCGCUGUGUGGGCCAUGCCUACAUGUAGGGGGACCUUCUCUGCCCCGAGCCUCCAGCCCCUGUGCCGCACUCCACUUGGGUGGUGCCCAGGUGCUCAGCGCCCCAUGGGAGGUGUAUGAUUUGAAUUAAACCAUUUCUGCCUCCAAAGUCUCACCGAAAUGCGUGAAUUUGGAGGCCUGUCUCUCCUCCUUGAGGCAUUAAUGUACUUAAUGUGUGUUUGCGUCUGACGCAUCUGCCAGCAGCCACAGCGCUGGUCUCCACUGAGUGCAGGCCCUGUGCUGGCUCCCAGCCCUGUGUCUGGGUGCACUGGGCACCUUCCCGUGGGUAGAAGAGGGAACAGCAUAGAGAGUUGCUCAGAGCCCUCACCUGAAUUCAAACCUAGUUCCUACUGUGGCCGCGUGUGCAGUCUCAAUGCCCCACUGCCCCCAUGCCCCUGGCCUGGCCCUACGCUCACAGUGCGCCUUGAAGGGGCGUGGCGCAUUUUACCUGAUGCUGAGUGGGAUCCUCUGGUUUCCUGGGGCUGCCCUGGGCCUCAUCAGGGCGGCUCAGGUGUGCUGCUGGUAUGACAUCUUGGGGGCUUGUUGACGCCCUCUCCAGGCCCCCGCCCGAACUCCCUGGACCCCACUCAGCCCCCCGCCGUAGUUGGAACCGGCUGGUCCGUGCCUGAUGCUGCAGGCCAACAGGUGCUAACGCCCAGCGCCCUGUGUCUAGAGAAAGGUGUGCACAGACCCGGUCCCGGCUGUCCUCACAGGAGCUCUGUGAGAUGCACGGAGGCCAAGCUCAGCCUCUCAGAGGCCGUGGCCAGGGUGGGGGCCGAGCCACCCAGGGGUGCAGAGGUGGCGCAGAGCCCAGCCUCUGUCCUUCUCUGAGUGAGCGGCCCCUGCCACGAAGGGUGCUGCCUGGCCCUCUGUCUUGGUGGCUCUGGCCAGCCAGUGCCCAUGCCAGGCAGGUCACCUGUACCCAUCCCUGCAGCCUCUGCUUCUCAGGAGGCCCCGUGACCACUGGGGGACAGAUGCCACUCCCCGCAGCCCCUGGGCCUGGGCUCCCUGGGCUUGUCCUCAGGGUGUGCUCAGGGUCUCCACUCUGUAAUUGCUUCUGUUGUCUUGAU